AUGGUAACGAAAGAUGCUGCUGGCGAGAGUCCAAUCAAGCAGCCAGUUCAAUGGGUUCCUCUGGAUUUUAACUCCAAAAAGCUACCGAAAGGCGUAGUUAAAUGUGGAUAUGAUAACAAGGGUAACUCCACAUUUGUGGCUCGCGUCUACUUGAAAGACGAUUUGUUGCCAGCAAGCUAUGUGGCAAAGAACAAAACUGCUCUGUGUUCCUGGGGCUGUCAGGCCUAUCAGUUCACUGAAGUGGAAGUUCUAGUUUUGACCGAUUGCCAUUACAAAUGGGUAGCAGGCACCAAUGGAAGUUACUCAUCGGAUGCUCUUCAAACCGGAUACACCGAAGAUGGCGAAGUACUCUACACGGGACGUGGCCUGUAUAAGGGCGAAAUACGACUGGGAAAAGUGCAUCCAUCCCACGAGGUGAUGUACAUACCGCAUCGGGGUCUGGAAGUAAAUGUACCUGACUACGAGGUCCUGGUGGUAGACCCUCGAUAA